CCGAGAUGAGCUACGCCGGAAGAGGGGGAUUGAUUGAUGCAGGCGCGUCGUCCCAAAGCAGCUUAGGCUCGACGCGCACCCGCCAUUUUCGCGUUCGUUACCCAGUCGAUCCUGCCCCUCUGCACUAUCAACAACGACUGUGCGUUUUUCGAGAUACCCCAUAUCUGCUGCUUCACGCUUGUCCGAUUGCGCAAAAAUCGAUUGAGUGCCCAGUAGCCGCUCCCUACUUCAAUCAGUCGAUCCUCCACCAUGGCCGAAGUAAUCAGAGACGAGGAGGUGCGCAGGCGCAUCCGUCUCGCACAGGAGUUCCUAGACCCAGAUGAUGUCUCCCAACGGAGCUACCGCGCAGACAUUCUGGUCAUGCUAAACAGAGCACAGAGGAGACUCACAGUCAGCAUCGACGAGAUCCGAGCACACAACCGCGAGCUGGCUGAUGGCCUGCUAAACCAGCCUUUCGACUUCGCGGAGGCUUUCGACCGCGCGCUCAAAAGUGUCGUAGAAGCCUUUACCGACCGCCCCAAGUCCGAAUCAGGCCCCGAUGUCGUAUACUACUGCGCCUACAUCGGUAGCUUCGGAGAGUACUCGUGCAAUCCGCGCACACUCAGCUCCAAUCAGCUCAAUCACAUGGUGUCGCUAGAAGGAAUCGUCACAAAAACAUCGCUUGUCAGGCCAAAGGUGGUCAAGAGCGUGCACUACAAUGAGACUAAACAGAAGUUUCACUUCCGCGAGUACAGAGAUCAGACUAUGACAACAGGCGCUGCGAGCACAAGUGUGUACCCCACAGAAGACGAAGAAGGCAAUCCGCUCGUCACUGAAUACGGAUAUUGUGUCUACAGAGACCACCAAACCAUCUCGAUCCAGGAGAUGCCGGAGCGCGCACCUGCCGGCCAGCUGCCGCGGUCUGUUGACGUUGUCAUGGACGACGACCUUGUAGAUCGCGUCAAGCCUGGCGACCGCAUCCAACUUGUUGGUAUCUACCGAUCGCUCGGAAACCGCAACGCUGGCGCAGGCAGCUCGACUUUCCGCACGCUCAUUCUCGCCAACAACGUCAUCCUGCUGUCGUCCAAGUCGGGCGGCGGCAUUGCACAAGUCAACAUAACCGACACAGACAUUCGCAAUAUCAAUAAGAUCGCCAAGGGCAAGCGAGUCUUUGAAACCCUCUCCCAAUCCCUAGCGCCAUCUAUCUACGGUCACGACUAUAUCAAGAAGGCCAUUCUGCUGCUGCUUCUGGGAGGCCAGGAGAAGAACCUCGAGAACGGCACGCAUUUGAGGGGAGACAUCAACAUUCUCAUGGUGGGUGACCCUUCGACAGCCAAGUCGCAGCUGCUUCGUUUCGUGCUCAACACUGCUCCUCUUGCUAUCGCUACGACCGGUCGAGGUUCUUCCGGCGUCGGUCUGACAGCUGCCGUCACCCAAGACAAGGAGACAGGAGAGCGUCGUCUGGAAGCCGGUGCCAUGGUCCUGGCCGACAGAGGUGUUGUUUGCAUCGAUGAGUUCGACAAAAUGUCCGAUGUGGACCGGGUGGCCAUCCACGAAGUCAUGGAGCAGCAGACAGUCACUAUCGCCAAGGCAGGCAUUCACACCUCUCUCAACGCUCGCUGCAGUGUCAUCGCAGCUGCCAACCCCAUCUUCGGCCAGUACGACAUUCACAAGGACCCACACCGUAACAUCGCCCUGCCGGAUUCGCUUCUCUCUCGUUUCGAUUUGCUCUUUGUAGUCACAGAUGAUAUUGAAGAUGCGCGCGACAGACAGAUCUCGGAACACGUCCUCCGCAUGCAUCGAUACCGCCAGGCAGGCACCGAGGAGGGCGCGCCCGUUCGCGAAGACGGUGCUCAACUGCUUGGUGUAGGUCUAGACACUGAAGCCGACGCCAAUCGUCCGACAGAGGUGCGCGAGAAGUUCAACCCCAUGCUGCACUCUGGAGUCACAGUCACCGUCGGCCGCGGAAAAACGCCUGAUGUUUUGAGUAUACCCUUCAUCAAGAAGUACAUUCAAUACGCCAAGCGUGAGAAGCCCAUUCUCACGAAGGGCGCUGCAGACCACAUUGUCGCAGUAUACUCUGCGCUUCGAAACGAUGAGCUCGACUCAGGCACUCGCCGCACCUCGCCUAUCACAGCGCGUACGCUCGAAACACUCAUCCGUCUGUCGACUGCGCACGCAAAGUGUCGCCUGUCGAAGCGGGUCGAGCAAAAGGAUGCCGACGUUGCAGAGCAGAUUCUGCGGUUUGCUCUCUUCAAGGAGGUUGUCGAGGACGACCGCCGCAAGCGCAGGAGGACUGUUCGCGAUCCGGAUGCCAUGUCAACGGAUGAAGGCGAGUCCGAUGACGAUGAUGAAGACGGUGAUGAGCAGACCCCAGCUACAACACGCACUGGCGGUCCUUCUUCACGCCCUCAACGCACAACGACAUCCACACGCACACCAGCACCCGCGGACGAGGGUGAGGAUGAUGAGGAUGAUGAUCUUUACCGGGCCACAACCCGGACACAACGCAACGCACAGCGCGCAGCGGGCCGCACGCAAUCAUCACAGGCCGGGCCUUCAUCGCAAGUCAGCGCUGCAUCCUCGCUUCCCGAGUCACAACUUCCACCUACACAGACCGACACUCAGGAGUCGCAGGAACUCACAUCAGCGCGUCUGCAGGUCUUCCAGACUGCCCUUGGCCAGCUCAUCGAUAGCCCGUUGUUCGCCAACGAUGCCGCAGACGUCGAGCCGCUCGUCGCCGCUGUCAACGCCAGACUCGGCGGCGGUACUGGAAGGCAUCCCUUUGAUUCUGACGAGGCCGAGAAGGCGCUUGAGACGCUCAGCGAGCGCAACAAGAUUAUGUAUUCUGGCGGUGUUGUGUACAAGAUCUAGGCUUGAUAGAUGGAUACCAUUGCGUGGAAUUGGCGUUUGGAUAAUGCGGUGUAACGCAAAUGAGAUACCAUUCAUGAUUACCCAAUUUGGUAUUUGUCGCGCGUCUACUCCUGUCGCAUCAGUCGUUCUCUCUGUUCACGUAUGCGUGCUUCCUCGCUCCCGAGCCAUUCCAUUUCUCGUCUUCUCUGCGCCUGGACGUGCGGCGACGGCUCUACUGUGCUCGGGGUUUUGGAGGAUGUACCGGAUUAUGGUAUUGAACUGCUGGUCGCGUUCGACGUACUCUAUUGAUGUAAAGUGAAUCUACUGCGAAUCACGUCUGUUAAUUGUUGCAUCAAGAAGUGCAUCACGGCUCAGUUCGCUGUCUAAUCACGUGUAGAGUGAAUGGAAAUAU